GCUCCUUCACAUCACCAGCCACCAGCUGAUCUUCCAAGUCACUGGAAUGAUCAACUUCCACCUUUCCAGCAUGAGUGGAUCCGGAACACACUAUUUAAGGCCAACCCACGAACCGGCAAGUCAGAACUAGUGUCCCAGCUGAAACUUUGGUGGUAUCCUCCUCAGCCCCCUUUAAUAAACACUCAGCCCCCUGCCUCACCUGACCUCUUCUUCUGUCGGCCCCUUUUCUUAUGGAUGCCGCUGAAGAUGUGGUUAUUUCCUCUUGUCUGUGUUCGCCCAGACUGUGGUAAGCACAGACUAACAGCGGCAGGAAUUUACCGUACUGUGCGUAAGGUCUUGGACAUCGACGGGUGGUAUGACCUUGCCACUGAGUAUCUGGAGUGCAAACGCUGCAAAAAGAAAUAUCCUGCCUGGUCUGAGGACAUCCUAGGACAGCUGGAUAUGGGCCACCGCAGUCAGUUUCCAGCUUUGCUGACAUACAGAUACUCAUGUGACAACCGGGUGCUGAGGAUGAUGAGGGAGAGGACACUGGGCAACAGUGUGACUCAGCUUUACAGGAAGCUGAUGGAACAGCACAGUGAGGCAUGGACACAGCGUGUCUUGCAGUACCUGACUGCCUGCGAACCAUUCACAAGGUCCUCCCUUGUGCAGCCUCCUGUGUUUGCUGAUCCUCCACUUUUACCUGCCCUGCCUAAACCUAAGUGGCUGUUAGCCGUGUAUGCCAGGGAUGUUCUGGGGCGACUGCACGAGGUCAAGGCCAAAUUAACAUCUGUCUUUGGCUGUGUUCUCAAGAUGGAUUCGACAAAAAAGGUCACAAAGAAACUUGCCGGUGCUGCUUCAGGAACAGCUGCCUGGUGCACAAAUGUCGGAAAUUAACACGGCCAGGUCCUUGUCUCUGUGCUGACAGCUGCCGAGGGACAUGGACUGGACUCCAUGGCAGCUGGUCUGAUGAAACGCUACCGAGAGGCAGGAGAGGCAGCCCCAAAAGUGAUGUACGUGGACAGGGACUGCUGCAGUCAGUAUGGCCAAUCGCGGGUGAAGAUCAUGUUUUCGGAGUGGGAUGAGCUUGUAGUGCGCCUCGACAUCUGGCACUUCAUGCGGCGAUUUGCUGCAGGUGUCACGACAGAGGCUCAUCCACUCUACGGGAUCUUCAUGGCACGUCUGUCCACGUGCAUCUUUCAGUGGGAUCCAGAGGAUGUGGCUGCUCUUCGCUCUGCAAAAGAGAGUGACCUGGCGGCAAAGAAGACUGGCCACAUCUCAGAAAAGGCGGUCAGUGCUCGCAUUACCCGGAGGGAGUUGGCACUGCACUGCCGGAGGAGGACCAGGGGGGUGGAGGAGACCGCCAGAUUGAUUGGGUCACUGAUUGAUCAGUUUGACAG